UGAUUCACGUGUAGUACGAUACGUCAGAAGAAGAUAAUCAAAACAAAACCGAUACUAGUACCGAAGCCGUCGAUCUCGAUGAACCGUUAGAUGAACCACAUGAAGCGUGCCAAAGUAUUAUGAUGAAUGUUCCACUUAUUUUUCUAAUAAUAAUAAUAACCGCUCCGAAGAUCUACAGCGACGAUGGCAAAUGUGUGGAAAAAGGAAGCUGCACAGGACAAACAACCGACGAACCACCUGUUAAUUUGUACACACCAGUUCAUAACAAGUAUUUUCAACUAAUAGAAGAAGCUCUCGCUAACUAUAAACCGUGCCAAUCUGCGAACUGUUCUUGCCACGCGGAUGUACUUAAAAACGAUAUGCGUCCGUUCAAGUCCGGUAUCACUCGGCAGAUGAUUGAAAGAGCCCACACGUACGGUACCAAGUAUCAAAUCAUAGAUCACCGUAUGUAUCGUCAAAAAGACUGCAUGUUUCCGGCACGCUGUUCCGGGGUGGAACAUUUUAUCAAACCAAACUUACCUAAACUUCCCAAUAUGGAGCUGAUUAUCAACUGUCGCGAUUGGCCUCAGAUUAGCCGAAACUGGGGACACAUGGAAAAGCUACCAGUAUUGUCAUUCAGUAAAACUGAUGACUACCUGGACAUAAUGUAUCCCACGUGGGCCUUCUGGGAGGGUGGUCCAGCGAUUUCUCUCUAUCCAACCGGACUUGGACGGUGGGAUCAGCAUCGAAGUUCGAUUACGAAAGCUGCCAAACAGUGGCCGUGGGCAAAGAAGAAAGCAAAAGCUUUCUUCCGUGGAUCGCGAACAUCAGAUGAACGGGAUGCAUUGGUUCUGCUAUCACGUCGUCGGCCGGAGCUGAUCGAUGCGCAGUAUACAAAAAAUCAAGCAUGGAAAUCGUCGAAGGAUACGUUGAAUGCAGAACCUGCCAGGGAAGUUCGACUGGAGGAUCACUGCCAGUAUAGGUAUCUGUUCAAUUUUAGGGGAGUAGCGGCAAGCUUUCGCUUCAAGCAUUUGUUUCUCUGCAAAUCAUUGGUGUUUCACGUGGGCGAUGAGUGGCAGGAGUUUUUCUACAAUUCGCUGAAACCGUGGGUCCACUAUGUACCGGUGGCAGUUAAUGCCAGCCAGGAGGAGCUGGAGGAACUGAUACUGUUUUUUGAAAAGCAUGACCAGUUAGCGCAGGAAAUUGCUGACCGUGGCUAUCAGCAUAUUUGGAACCAUUUGAGAAUGAAGGACGUCGAGUGCUAUUGGAGGAGAUUGUUGAAACGAUACGGGAAGUUGGUCAAAUAUGAAGUUCAACGGGAUGUGGAUCUGAUUGAAAUAUUCUAGGGAAUUGCGGUUGCGUUGUUGUGUAAUGGCAAUAUGAGAUAAACUUAUAAAUUUAUACUCUAUGGUAAAUAUUUAUUUUAUGUUAGAUUUUAGCUGAACAGGUAGCGGUCUACGACGAAAACGACACAUAACCUUCCAUGAUGGAUGUUGAAAUGGGUGGUUUAAAAAGUGUCAAUUUCGAAGUCUGUCGCUUCGUCAUCCAUUUUAAAAUAAAAGACAAUUUAAUU